GAGACAGAGAGAGAGAGCUGGCGACCCAAGGGUUAGUACCGAGAGAGCCCCCUGCCCCGUCUCUGUGGUAGAGCCUUGAUGGCCAGGCUAGAGCGACAGCCCCGGAACCGUGCAGAGAAAGAAACAAGACCGACAUUCAGGAAUUUAAGAGGUAGGUUGACACGCCCACUCUGAAUUCAUCAAUAGUGGAUGCAAUAACUAGCUGGCGGAACAGCUCUGCGCGCAUUAAGAACAUCGCCUCAUCAGCGGGGCCAGUUCCUCUUCCAAAUGGCACUAAGGCGGAAAAGAUUUUGCUAUAUCUAGAAGUUUUCGUUCGCUUUCCAACCACCCGUACCAAAGCUGUCGGACGUGCGGCACAAACUUCCAGACAUGCCAGAGAAUGUCUCGGUGAGGAAUUACUCCGCUUUCGCCCCGUCUCCUGCGUUGGAAGGGACGCCUCGGCCGGCCUGGGCGGUGACAGCGCUCUCCAGCGUGCUGAUCUUCACCACGGCAGUGGACAUCCUGGGCAACUUCCUCGUUAUCAUGGCCGUCUUUCGAAAUAAAAAACUGAGAAAUACCGGUAACGCAUUUGUUGUAAGCUUGGCGUUUGCUGAUCUUGUGGUGGCUGUGUAUCCGUAUCCACUGAUACUCUUUGCAAUUUUUCACAAUGGAUGGUUCCUCGGUGAUAUUCAUUGUAAACUAAGUGGCUUUUUGAUGGGUCUAAGUGUAAUAGGAUCCAUUUUCAACAUCACAGCAAUUGCAAUUAACAGAUAUUGCUACAUCUGUCACAGUCUGACUUAUGACAAACUAUACAGCUGUCGAAACACAAUGAUAUUUGUGUUUCUCAUUUGGGCAUUGACUGUGGUUGCAUUAAUACCUAAUUUCUUUGUUGGAUCGAUACAGUAUGAUGCCCGUGUCUACUCCUGCACGUUUACUCAGACGAUUAGUUCUUCUUAUACCAUUGCUGUGGUGAUCGUUCACUUCCUAGUUCCUAUCACAGUUGUGUCAUUCUGUUACCUGCAAAUCUGGAUUUUGGUUAUCCAAGUAAGAAGACGUGUCAAAAUGGACAUGGGACCAAGGCUAAAGCAGAGUGACUUCAGAAACUUUCUGACCAUGUUUGUGGUGUUUGUGUUGUUUGCAUUUUGCUGGGCACCCCUAAACUUCAUUGGCCUGGCUGUGGCUAUAAACCCACAGAAGAUUGCACCAAAAAUUCCAGAGUGGUUAUUUGUCCUCAGUUAUUUCAUGGCCUACUUUAACAGUUGCCUUGAUGCAAUUAUAUAUGGACUGAUGAACCAAAACUUCAGAAAAGAAUAUAAAAGAAUCAUAAUGUCCUUGACGACGCCACGCCUUUUGUUUCAAGAUACAUCACGAGGAGGAACUGAGGCAAUGAAGACUAAACCAUCACCUGUAUUAAAUAACAAUGAUUAGGUUAAAGCAAACUCUUUGUAAAAUCAAUUUACUGGUCUGCAAUUUCAGAUUAUUUCUGUUCAAAGUUCUACCUUGUUGAAAAACAGCAAAAUGUGUUCUUUCACUGUAUUUUUGUUGUUGUUGAAAGUACUAUUAGACAUGAUUUUACUGCAGAUUAUUGAGAUGAUGAAUGGUUCUUAUAGUUGGUGGUGUUGAGCAGGGACUGGCAUUCUAUUACUGCAGUUUUGAAAUCUCAGCUCAAUAUGUUUCAAUAAAUGAAGGAAAAAUUCUGGUCACUCAAUCUUCCCCACAAUCUUGCCAAAGUAUUUUUUUUGCCCAAUGAACA